UGAGAAGAGGAUCGAAGACAAGUGGGUCAUCUGUGAUUUCUGAAGGUUCUGAAUCGAUUACUUACUUUUUAAACUAACAUCUAGUACAGAGCAAAAAUCCGUAUACCAGCUUUGAUGCGCUCGCAUUUCAACAGGUCAAGUUUGUUAUUUUCUAGCGUUUUUUUAUUUUUCUCUUUGUCUUCCACGGCGCAAACGCGACACUUUCUAUUGAUCGAUGAACUGGUUCGAUAUUCAGGAUAUUACAGUCGCAUAGACCGCGUCGGCCCCACCGCCGACGCACAUCACUAUGGAGGGCGGCACGCUGUCCUAUCCGGAUGGCGGGGACCACCCGAAAUAUUUCAUUAACAAGUGCGCCGAAGAGCAGGCCGAGGUGGAUGCAAAGCAUUGCGAGGAAGAACGGGUCCAAACGCUCGAGCUGCUCACCCGGCGCAACCGCAGCAGCUCUUUGCGCGGGGUUUCUCUCGCAUUAAGCACGGCGACUGCGGCGCAAAAGGGAGAAACUGCGGGGCCGCGAGGAGGACUUCUACCGGGCGGCAAUAUUGCACCGGCGCAGCAGCAGCAGGACGUCACUACACGAAGGAAAACGCCACAUCAAUCGCCCAGGACUGCUAGUCCGCCGCAGAGCAAUCUUUUCGACAUAGAUCAAGACGAUGGUGCUGUCGACCGAUUGGAAAGUUUACGCAGGAUCAGCGACGACUUGGUUCACCUCACGGGAGGAGCAGAUGAUGAACACGUCGGCGACCAGCUGCCGUUAAUAUUGCCUCCCCUUGCCAUCGGGGACGAGGAAAGCGAAGACUCGGCUCUGCUUCGCUGGCUAUGAAAUGCAAAAGCAUCGUACUAGUAUAAAUCGCAUGACAAAUUCCCUCAGCAUGAAAAAUGGAAUUUGUAAUGCGGAUUUAGGUUAAGAUGGAGAUUUGUAAUGCAUGAUUGCGAUUACUACGAGUGCGAUACUUUUGCACAGGAUACUGGCACCGGGCGAACAAAUUGAUGUUCGAAUUUCGCAACAUCUCCUUCGAAGCAGCUAUCACGAUGAAAAAUCCCCCCUCCCCAAAUCAAAACGAAGUUUCUGAUGCUGGAUUUGCGUACACAAAUCAGGUUUGUCUUGCUGGCGAGGAUUUCAGGCCCAUAUGAAGCCUGAGUAGAUAGGUUUUGGCCUAGGCGCUUAGCAUGACAGACGUCUACGCUGUAGCUAAAACAGCAUGACAAACCGGCUGUAGAAUGCGGCGGAGCUUGUGGAGUUGCCUUCGUGCAACACAGAGACGAUUUGUGGUCACAAAUCAGCAACGCAAAUUUUCGAAAACGUGCCUUGUCAACAUGGGGAGGGGGGAUUUUUCCUCUCAAUAGCAGCUGGCUCAUCAUCUUCCUCCGGAAAGAAAACGUCAACGGCUGCAACCGGGAUAUCAAAUGUAAAAAUGUCUGGGUCUGGAAGAAUCCAAGAUUUGUGAUGCAGGUUUUCCAUGACCCAUGAGGUCUGAAAUGCGAGACCCAGCAUGACAGAUUUUUUGAGGUCUCGAUCAUGCCUUUCCUGCAUGAGAAACUCCCUCUCAACUUGGUCAAAAGCGGACAGCUUUUGGCACUCACGCAACACAGAUUUUUGCAUCAUUUAGAUUUAGCAUGACAAGUUCUAAUCUUCCAGACCCAGACAUUUUUGCAAUCCAUACGGGAACCGGAAAAGCAAAAAGCCGAAGAAACUCAUCCUCGACAAUUGCUUCGGGUGUUUCCGUAUCAAAUGUAAAAAUGUCUGGGUCUGGAAACUUGUGAUGCUGGGUGGCGUAUCAUGAGGAAGCCAUAAGUGCUGGCUCAGCAUGACAAGUUUCUGAGCUUCUAGGUGUUGCCUAUUCUGCAUGACAAACUGCGUUUUUGCAUGACAGGAAAUUGGGGCUCUUGGGUAACCUGCAUGACAGGUUUAAGAGUCAUGCCAGAGAAGCAUGACAAGUCGCGCAUUCUUCCAGACCCAGACAUUUUUACACUUGAUAUUCCGGCCCGGCGAGGUGACCGCGUUGAUCGGACCGUCGGGCGCGGGGAAGUCCAGUUUGAUGAACCUGCUCGCCGUAUGCCCAGUGAAAACUACGCUCCCGCCCCAGCAGAUUUGUGAUCUUGUGCAGAUUAUUCGCUGUAUUUAUUCUUGCGCGAAUAUAAUUUGUAUUGCGCCUGCUCGUCUCUAUGAGAUCGAGAUGCAUGAUCGUGGCCGUGAAGUAGAUUUGUGGCAUUUGUAAAAUACUGUAUUAACAGGCGUUGCCGAAAUUGUGAAGAUGCGGAUAUCGUUUCUAAUCACUACAACUAAGACCGAAGUGGUCGUGCAUGCGUCAGCACUUCUACUCUAGACUUCUGGAUUUUUCAUUUCUGUAGCAAGAUGACUAGGUGCUGGUGGGGACGCUUUUCCUGAGGAUACGCCGCGCGGGUAAAGGGGUUGGAAAAGCUCAGGAAAAACGCGGUUCGGUACGGCGAGCGCGGGGUCACCGGUCCGGAACUGCAGGACUCGGUGGCGUACGUCCUGCAAGACGACGUUUUCUUUCCGCACCAGACGGUGCGGGAAACUUUGGAUUUCUACGCCCGGCUCCGCCUGCCCCCCUCCACCAGCUACGAGCAGAGACGGGAGAACGUGGAGGAGGUGUUGCGAACCUUGCAGUUGUCCCACAUCGCGGAUCAACUGGUCGGGGACCAGAGCCUGAAAACCAUCUCCGGCGGGGAGCGGAAGCGCGUGGCCGUCGGGUGCGAGCUGAUCCGGCGCCCGACGGUGCUGAUGCUGGAUGAGCCGACGAGCGGGCUGGAUUCGUUGUCCGCGUUGAAACUGCUGGUGUACCUGAAAGAGAUCGCGGUGGCGCAGCACGCGAUCAUCGUCUGUACCCUUCAUCAGCCGGAGGCGCAGGUUUGGGACCAGGUGGACCGGGUGCUGUGCAUGCGGGAAGGCCGAGUCUUGUUCCAGGGCUGGACGCGGGAGACCAGCGGGCUCGAUCGGGGUCUCAGUCCGGCGGGGCGGGAAGAUGAGACCGCUAAAGAACUUGCAAGUAGCCCGAAUACAACGAGUGGUCAAAAUGGAAGUAGUAGUCCUACAAGGACUUCGAGACGAGUAGCAGCUCUGGGACGAGCUAUCAUAGAAGUAGACACAGGAGCGCCGGGAAUAAGUCCUGCGCCGUUUGGACGAGAUAAUCCAUCUCCCACCAGUGGAUCGCGCGGGCACACCAGCUCCGGUAGUGCAAAAAAGGAUCUCAGCGUCAUAUGCAACUUCCUGCAGACGAUCGGGCAUCCAAUGCCAGCUGGCUACGGCUGCAGCGAUUGGCUGGUUUAUUUGGCACAGACAGUGAGCGAUGCGGAGGCGGAUUUCAUUUGCGAGCAGACAGCGGCCGUGUUCGAAAUUAGCUUCCCACCUGUAGAUGAGGAGGAGGCGGGGAUACCUUUGAUUCCUCCACCCGAUGACGGCGACGUUGCUGCCUUGAGUUCUCCGGAGCAGAGCCUCCACGGGCGCAAGAGUGCGGCGUCCGGGAGCACUAGUGCUUUUCGCGGCUCGCCUGUGAAUGAUUCGUCUGAGAAGGACUGGAAGAUCAGCGUCACCAGCGGGCAGCCAAGAGUCUCCUCAGACCAGAACAACCGACACAUCGAGACGACCCCGCAGUCUGUGCCUAGCAGUUACCCGGCUAGAGGCAGCAACGACGCGCUCCCAGGUGGAGCCAGGGGCUCCAAUGUGCUGCACCUCCCACGACCGCGUUUUAACACGAUAAAAUCAGAAAUUCACCACCCGACCGGGUCUCGAUUGGUGCGAGCGCAGUCGACACUGUCGCAGGUGGAGUUGCAGCCAGUUAGGAAUUUGAUAAGAGCGGUAAGCUUGAUCAAGGACAACAGGAAAGUUGGCUGCCCGUUGACCGCGCUGCAGCGGGCGCACGCACAAAGACCGCGAAAUCGAAGGACGGGGUAUAAUCUCCACCAUGAACAAGAGGUCUAUCCGCGGGGACAAGGAGACACUAGCAGCCCAGAGACCGAUGAAGCAGAUGAGAGUUCGAGUACCCAUCUUCUGGCUGCGGUAAGACAUGAAGGGUCUUCGGAGCUAAAUGGGCACCGUGGGCAAGAAGAAGACAAAUCCUAUGUGCGCAAAUCCCUGCCCCCGUUCUUCACAAAUCAGUUUCCCGCGCUGCUUGCGCGCAUCCUCCGGGAGGAUUGGCGGCGAAAAACCCCGAUGCUGAUGCGGUUUCUUUCCCCGGCGGUGCAAACGGCCAUUAUGGGCGCGGUGUUUUGGCAGAUGGGCACGGACUUGUACAACGGCAGAACCGUAACGGGAGAGCAAUUGCAAACAGAAGCAGACUUCGCGUCCGCGAUCGUGAAUUUGAACGGCGCGACGUUGAACACCUACACGGUGCUGCUCUUCACGGCCGCGGGCCAACAGGUGAGUUCUUUGGGCCGGGAACGGCCAAUGUUCUUGCGGGAGUACACCAGCGGGAUGUAUUCUCUGUGGACCUACUUGCUGGUGCGGAUGAUCGCGGAAAUUGUCGUGAUGGUAUAAUAGUCUUGAUUUGCCCACCAACCUCACGUGAAAAAAAUCGAUUUUCAUAAACUUAAGUCCGCUCGGGGGGAGGAGGUUUUGCGUUCUAACGCAGAUGUUGUUGUCCACAGGCGCGGGGGUCAGCUAUUCUUGAUGUGCUGUACAACGACAUCGCUAGGUGUUAAACAGGAACAUUUUUGUAAACAAAUGAGCGGGACGAGCUGGGGCAACAAGCGUAAGUCUAAAAUGUACACAGGACGAGCAGUCAUCCAAGAACUACUUAAUAUAAUUGCGUGCAACUACACAAAUUCACUUUCAUUAUCACAGCCACUCCAAGUCGGCCUGAUCUACAUCAUCCUCUACUUCACGCUGGGUCUCUAUGGAAGCGUCAGAAUCGAAAUCGACAAAGUCGAAAAAUUUGUAAUGCAUAAGAUCGAUACCAGUUGGACCCAGGUCCUAUAGUCGGCGCAUGACAAAUUUUCCCCGCGCCGGAAGCGAGUUUGUCAUGCUGUUUAGGGCAAAAGAGCUCCCUGCUGUCAUGCUAGUCAGCAGCCCAACACUUGACCCUUGCCAGGACUAGAAUCCGCCUCCCUUGCAUCCUCUGCAAUAGAGUCGCUUUUUGUGUGGCAUUUUAUGCAUUACAGAUAAUUUCGACUUUGUCAAUUUCGAUUCUGACACUUCCAUAGUCUCGGCGCACACACCGCCCCCUGGUGGAUCAUGCUGUCCAUGUUCCUGAUAUCAUUUGUAAAAACGUCCCCACCCCAGAGUUGCAAUGCAAAUCUGCAUGCUGAAAACGUUUCUCAUGCGGAGACACAUGAGAAGCAGCCUCUAGUCGUGUUUUUGGAUUUGUGGUGCUAGAAUCAGCAUGAUGUGCUAGAUCUGUGAUGCUGCUGAACAAGCCAAACAUGAUUACACUACGAGGCCAAACUUGUCAUGCGCAACAGCAAAAGCUGACAGAUUUGUCUAGCAGAUUUUCUACCUUGACUCUGGUGUGGGGACGUUUUUACUCAGGAUACCUGACCGGUCUUGCCGGCGGCUCCAUCGGCCUCUUCCUCGCCUCCGCGACGGCCAACCUGCCCGGAACCGCGAUCGUUUGGGCGCCGUUUGUGCUCACGACGAUCCCCAACAGUUUUGCCAAUCCGUUUCGCCCCAUCUCGCAGAUUCCGAAAUUCAUAUCCUGGCUGCAGUGGCUCGUACCGAUCCGCUUCGCGUAUAACCUCCAGGGGUGGUUUUUGUUCUCCGAGCUGGGCAAGGAUCUAAAAUUCGCGGCAACGGAUCCAGCCCGGUAUCCGAUGCAAAUAUGUCUGGGGCUGGAAGGAUGCAACUUGUCACGCUAGUGCCUUCGGACUGUAAGUACAUAAAAUCUGUCUUGCAUGCGAACUGCAAAAGAGAUCCAGUUUUUGCUACGCGGAGAGGGCAUUUUUCGUCCGGUAUGGGCAUAUCGGAAAGCCCUCGCAGAAUCUGGGAUGCUAAAGGGCAUGCAACACAGACAUUAUGAGCCGUGGGUAAUAUGCAUGACAAGCCUGGCACUCAUCCAGACCACCCAGACAUACUUGCAAUGCAUACGCGGGCCGACAUCGCGAUUGCGGCGAGAGACUCCUUCUUCGAAAGUGAGUCCACUGUGUCGGAUAUCGGAUUGUAUCUAGGCGCGAUUGUGGCCUUGCUGUUUGGCUUUCGGUUGUUCGCGGGCUCUUUUCUGCUGUGCAACAGCCAGAAAAUGACGAGGUGAAGAAGGUUUUUGGAGUCGAAGCGGAAGGUUUUGCGGAUUUUGAAUAAAACUCCUGCAGUUUGGUUUGCACGACACUGUAAUUUUUUUUGUGAUCAGCUUGACGAGCGUACUGUUUAGAAUCUCGUGAAGGGGAAAUCGAGUAAAGGAGAAACAAGAAAAGGC